AUGCUUACAACAGACAAUGCCAAAUUUCAUAUUCGGCUAAUUCCUUCUUGUUGGUACUAUGAUAAUGCUGACAUGUCUAAAGAACCUUUUUUAAAAGCAGAUAAAUUUUAUGAGAAAAUAUUAACAGAAAAAACUGUUUUUCCUAUUUCUUAUUUAUAUGCAUUUAAUCAGAAUAACCAAGAUUUUUUUAAAAAGAGUCUUACUAUACUUCAACAAAAAAAGAUUUAUAGAGAGCUACAUAAAUUUACAAAAAGUGUUGAUAAAUCAUCUGAAAGCUCAUCAGGAGAUGAAAUCAAUAAAAAGAAAAAAUGA